GGUUUCCGCGACGCAGCAGAACUGUCGGACCAUGUCUGUGGGAUUGGAGCCCGGUUUCUCCAACGACGAGGUGCUGAGCCUGCGUUACCCGCUUCAUCGCGCGUGCAGGGAUGGAGACGUCGGCGCGCUGUGCUCGCUGCUCCAGCUCUCCUCUAAUCAGGCGGACCUGGCUGCCGAGGACUCGUUUUACGGCUGGACCCCUAUCCACUGGGCAGCACACUUCGGAAAGUUGGAGUGUGUCAUGCGGCUGGUGCAGGUGGGAUGUGAAGUGAAUUCACUGACCACACGAUUUGCCCAGACCCCGGCUCACAUUGCUGCCUUUGGAGGACAUCCAGAAUGCCUGCUGUGGCUCUUACACACAGGGGCUGAAAUAAACAGACAGGAUUAUGUGGGUGAAGCACCCAUUCACAAAGCAGCACGGGCUGGGAACAUGGAGUGCAUUAAUGUCUUGUUGAUCCAGGGAGCCAAACCGGACUUGAGGAAUGCAAAUGGUUUGACUGCAGCAGAUCUGGCCCAUGCUCAAGGCUUCCAUGAUUGCGCUCAGCUCCUCUCUAAUGCACACAACCAGCUAAAUCAGAUAAAUGGAUUUGCCCGUAAUGGGACCGACCAGUCGCACAUCCAAGGCCGCAGUCUUCUGAAUGGGAUAGCCAAUAGAAAAAGAUUACUUGAUUGCACAGAGCCAAACCAAAUAAAGAAAGCAAGAACUGAGAGCAUGAAUUUUUCAUUGAAGACAAACAAUGGAAUUGGAGAGGAGCUUGAGAGUAUGCGUGUGGAACCGACUGCUGAAAGCCAAUCAGAUGAAGCCAUAGCCACAGGUUUGAGGAAUGGUCAUGGGCCGCAGAACAGUUUCACUGUCAACAGCUUCGCCUCAAAUGGGCAGUGCUAUCAUUCCCAGUUUAAUGUGGUUGAGACCAUUCCAGCUGAGUCAAGAAUGGACAUGUGUGGCUCGCUGCACCUCAAUGGCAGCCCGAGCAGCUGCGUAUCUCACCGGCCUGCCUGGGGUGCCUUCCUGCCCGACUCCGGUGAGCACCUGCGCUAUGGACACUACCAUGGCUUCGGAGAUACAGCCGAGGACCUGGAAGAUGCUGGCAGCUGUCAGGAGCACAGCACCAUCGUGAAGGUAGAGCAGCACUACGACCAAGAGGUCCUCAGCGCUGUGCAGCUUUUCCAUGGAUCAUAAUGUCAAAACGAGUUCUAAGUGGUCACGUUGACGGCAGCACUAUCCGCCUUAAACUGAGGGGUUAUCUUGCACCUUAAUGCAGGCUGUUUUGAUUUUGGAUUUUGGCAAUUUGUAUUUGAUAAAAGGGGACAAUCUUUCUACCAAAGGGGAAAAUUACAUUGCGUUUUGUAUCUGAGCUAAUGACUUUAUUUUAUUGUACCUGUGUGUUUGAACUCAGCCUAGUUAUGAGUGCAUUUCUUUUUUUUCCCCCCUUUAAUGCAAUGUUAGAAUGUUAAGUUGUACAAGGAGUUGAUUUUUAUGUGAAUUAAUUGUAGUUUUGUGCCAAUGAAUACUAGCUUUUUGAAAAAGGAGAAUUUUGUAUGAUUGUGACGUAUUCUUGUAAGUUUUUUUCCUAAGCAAGCUGACAAGCAGACUGUAAAGUUGUUUUUGUUUUUUGAAAGAAAGCUUAAGAUGUAUGACAUUCCUUCAUCCUUGUACCCUGUGUUCUAAUAAAAAAAAGCUUUCAUCGCCA